AUUAUUCCUUCUUUGGCCUCGUCGGCUCCUCGGUGCAAAUCCGGGCUAUUGUUGUGAGUCUUUCAGGGCAACCCUGACCUACCAGCAGGCGGUGAUUUCUGGAUAUUUUAACUGUUUUGCUUAGCUGUUACCCCGCCAUAUUAAGCAGCCUUUGUCAGCUGGUGGUGUGUCCUCGUUUUUUUUUUGAACGGAAUAUAAAAGAUCCCAGCGGAGGACUUUGGGCUGGUGAAGUAGUGGAUCGGUAUGGGACAGGCUGCAGACUGAGACUCCACGUUCAGAGGCUGCGUGCUGUUUCCACUUUCUUCUUCUCAAAUCUGUCGACGUGAAACCAAAAAAACGUGUAGGACAACAACAACAACAAAAAAGCUCACAGGACGCAUGUAGCCGAGGCUCGACACUGUAAAGGUCUCUUUGAAAAAGGCUUGACGAUGGGUUGCGUCAGGAGUAAAGAAGACAAGGGCCCGGCGCUGAAGUACAGACCCGAUAACCCGAAUGCCACGCCGGUCAACUCCCACUUAGGCCACUACGGGCCUGACCCCACCCUGAUGGGUCAUUCGCCGGCUAUGAAGACACACAACAACAGCUAUAACAGCCACGCCGCCGCCCUCACGCCCUUCGGUGGGGCGUCUUCGGUUAUGACGCCCUUCGGCGGGGCCUCCACCUCCUUCACUUCAGUGGCCGUGAGCAGUCCGUUCCCCGGUGUCAUCACAGGUGGCGUAACAUUUUUCGUAGCGCUGUACGACUACGAAGCGAGGACGUCGGAUGAUCUGUCGUUCAAAAAAGGGGAUCGCUUCCAGAUUAUCAACAACACGGAGGGCGACUGGUGGGAGGCUCGCUCCAUUAACACCGGACAGAAAGGUUACAUCCCCAGUAACUACGUGGCUCCAGCCGACUCCAUACAGGCUGAAGAAUGGUACUUUGGUAAAAUGGGCCGCAAAGAUGCUGAGCGUCUCUUAUUGCUUCCAGGGAACCAGCGGGGGACCUUCUUGGCACGAGAGAGCGAAACGACCAAAGGUGCAUACUCCCUGUCUAUCCGGGACUGGGAUGAGAUGAAAGGAGAUAACGUCAAACACUACAAGAUCCGUAAGCUGGACAACGGUGGUUAUUACAUCACCACUCGAGCCCAGUUUGAGACACUACAGAAGCUGGUGAAACACUACACAGAACACGCCGACGGUCUGUGCUACAGGCUGACUACUGUGUGCCCCACCGUGAAACCUCAGACUCAGGGACUGGCUAAGGAUGCCUGGGAAAUCCCGCGAGAGUCCCUUCGACUGGAGGUCAAACUGGGCCAGGGCUGCUUCGGAGAAGUCUGGAUGGGCACAUGGAACGGGACGACUAAGGUUGCUAUUAAGACCCUGAAGCCGGGCACAAUGUCUCCCGAGGCCUUCCUGCAGGAGGCUCAGAUCAUGAAGAAACUCCGACAUGACAAACUGGUGCCUCUCUAUGCCGUGGUGUCCGAGGAGCCCAUCUACAUUGUGACAGAAUUCAUGGGCAAAGGCAGUUUACUGGACUUCCUGAAGGAGGGAGAUGGUAAAUAUCUGAAGUUGCCCCAGCUGGUGGACAUGGCCGCACAGAUCGCAGAUGGCAUGGCCUUCAUCGAGAGGAUGAACUACAUCCACAGGGACCUGAGAGCUGCCAACAUCCUGGUGGCUGAUAACUUGGUGUGUAAGAUCGCUGACUUCGGCCUGGCUCGUCUCAUCGAGGACAACGAGUACACCGCCAGACAAGGUGCUAAAUUCCCCAUCAAGUGGACGGCUCCUGAAGCAGCUCUGUACGGCCGCUUCACUAUCAAAUCAGACGUCUGGUCGUUUGGUAUACUACUGACUGAACUGGUGACCAAGGGCAGAGUACCAUACCCAGGUAUGGUGAAUCGAGAGGUACUCGAGCAGGUAGAACGAGGUUACCGCAUGCCCUGCCCCCAGGGGUGCCCAGAGUCCCUCCACGAGAUGAUGAGGCACUGCUGGAAGAAGGAGCCAGAUGAGAGGCCGACGUUCGAAUACAUACAAUCCUUUUUGGAAGACUACUUCACAGCCACGGAGCCACAGUACCAGCCUGGGGACAACCUCUAGUCUGGAAGAUUUGGGCAUGGGGGGGGUGAACUCUGGCAUCACUCAGAGGUACUUAAGUGGAGAUCAAAGCUCGGGACUUCAACAAAUGGGGGGGGAAAGCCUUGAUGAGGCUGCAGAGAAAGAGGUUUUAAUGGUACAAACUAGUCCACAACCACACUGUUAAAUCUGCAAGUGCAAGAAGAAAAUGUUUUCUGAAGUAGAGGUUUGUCCCUUGUGUACCCGGGGACCAAAUGUUUGGGGAAGUGUCCAGCUGUUCAGAUCGUUAAGUUCUGGGAACCCUGCGAAUCAGAAUAAUCCAUACGGGGCCGGCCACAACACUGUGAUCAGAAAGAGAGGGCGUAUUUUCAAAUCGGCUACUUGCAGAUGCAUUUUUUUUUUAACUUUUUUUAAUCCUCCCCUCUCUCCUCCAAAUUUCACAAUUCUUUGAUAUCGGAGGCAAGAUCUUUUACGUGUACACGAGUUUGGUUUGAACAUGUAGGUUGAUAAGUUUUUUGUUUUUUUUAAAGUGACCAACAACUGUGCUUGAAUUGUCAGAAAAGUAUGUGCUGUGACUGUAAAGCUUUGAUGGAGAAGGGCGAGGAGAAGUAAACGAACAGGCUGUACUUUAUGGAUGUAAGAAUGUACCGAGAGAUCAAAGCAGAAGCACAUACAGUACGUGCCACAUAUAAAGAUGUAUUUUUCGCAGGUGUGAUCAGGUGGAUGAAUGCAAGCAUGAGAGGCGGUAUGUAUGAUUCUUUUUAACACGGUCACUUGAAUGGCAAAUCACGCCGAUGUAUUAUGCUAUUUUCUUUCUUCUUUUUUUUUUUAUUUAAGUGGGGACUUGAAAUCAUAAAGAGGUAUUUUGAUAAUAUACAAGUGCAAAAAAAACAUUUUUCCUGUUUAACAUUUUAUAAAUGUUUUGAAAUGGGCGUGUCAGCUGUGAAAUUUAAGAUCGAGUUUGUUUCUGUCUGAAAUUUAGCAUCUUGUCUUUUGUCCGGUCUGAUCGCUGUAAAAGACUCUAACAUACUUCUCUUUAUAUUGCACACAUCUACACAGUUUGACAUUGAAGUAGAUGAGUUAUCUCAUGAUAGAUGGUCCAAGAAGCUGUUAGAGCUAUUAAAUUCACAACAUCAUGUAACUCAUUCAUGCAGAUGUCGUGUUUCUUUCUCUUCUUCUCAGUAAAAUUCCACCGAUGACUAAACCUUCAGUUUGUUUAGUUCUGUGUCUGCUUGGAGGGAAAGUUUUAUCCAAAGCCCAACACAUUGAUUUUGUAAAUGCAGCUAUGCAAAGUCAACCAGUGAUGUUUUACGGAACGAAAAGUCUCAAAUGAUAUUUGUCAAGCUCCCCCUUUUUAUGGAUUGGUUUCAAUUCCCAUUUGUAGAGAUGAUGGAUCUCGAGUCAAGUCAAGUAAUGAGAACCAGACAAAACAAACACCUUGCACACACACUGUGGUCGGGUCACGGCUUUAGUGCUUUUCUACAAAAAUCCAAUAACACGUUCUUAGAGGUACUUCCACUGUCUGUCCAGCGGUAUAUGUGAUGGGGGGAAAAGAUGUAAAAGCAUCUUUUUAUUCAAUAAGUAAGCUUAAGGAUCGGACAAAGAUGUGAACAUUUUUAUGUAUUUCUUUGUGUGCGUCACUCAUGGGAACCUAACAUGUGAUUGUUCCUCAAGAUGGGACUUGAACUAGUGGGGAGGUGAUAAUGAAAUUACUGAGAAUGGUGACUAAUAUGAUUUUGUACAGAAAAAAUAAAAGUUUUACUCAAA